AUGUGGUGGGCCUCACCCGCCCAUCCCAGGAUAUGUGGCGUGCACUGCCCACCAGUCCCUGGACACGUGACAGGCCCCACCUACCAGUCCCGAGACACGUGGCGGCCCUCGCCCGCCCGUCCCAAUACCUUGGCAGCCCCUAGUCGCUUCUCCCAGAACCCGUGGCAGGCCUCACCCACCUGUCCCGGGACAUGUAGCAGUCCUCACCCGCCCAUCCUGGGAAAUGUGACGAGCCACGCCCGCCUAUCCCGAGACACAUGGUGGGCCUCGCCCGCCUGUACCAACCCCCGUGGUGGGCCCCGCCCGCCCGUCCAGGGGCACUUGGCGGUUCCCCCAGCCAGUCCUGAGACACGUGGCCCACUCAUCCCAGGACACGUGGCGGGGCGUCACCCACCCGUCCUGGGACCCGUAGUGGGGGUUGUCCGCCCAUCCCGGGACACAUGGCAGGCCUCAGCUUCCCGUCCCGGGACAUAUGGCGGUCCCCGGCCUCCCAUCCCGGUACACAUGGCAGUCCCCCCCCAGCCCGUCCCAGGACCUGUAGUGCGACUCGCCUGCCAGUCCUGGGACAUGUAG